AUUCACCCAAUACCUCUUUGCAAGCUCUUAUCAAGCACGUUAUUUUAAGCCCCCCUUGACCCGAAGCCUAAAAAAAUUGACCAAACACUUCCCAAAUGGUCAUGAUCAAUCAAGAAUGCCACGUCCUUCCUAAGCCGUUGGAUUUGAACGCCCCCGUCUUCCACCACCAACCAAACAUCCCCGCGCAGUUCAUAUGGCCGGACGAGGAGAAGCCCACCUCCGACGCCCCGCGCCUCGCCAUUCCGCUCAUUGACCUCUCCGGCUUUCUCUCCGGGGACCCUGUCGCUGCGGAAGAAGCUUCUAGGCUCGUAGGGGAGUCGUGCAUGAAACACGGGUUCUUCCUCGUUUCCAACCACGGUGUCAACGGGGACCUCAUCUCCGAUGCCCACCGCUGCAUGGACCACUUCUUCGAGUUGCCUCUCGCCGAGAAGCUAAAGGCUAAGAGGCAACUCGGGGAGCAUUGCGGCUACGCGAGCAGCUUCACGGGCCGGUUCUCGUCAAAGCUGCCCUGGAAGGAGACAUUCUCUUUCAGCUUCUCCGCGGAGAAAAACUCUCAAAACACUGUCCAAGAAUAUUUCCAAUCAGCAUUGGGUGAAAAAUUCUCACACACAGGGAAGGUCUAUCAAGAAUAUUGCAAUGCAAUGAACAAGCUUUCAGAAGGGAUACUAGAACUGUUGGCAAUGAGCCUAGGAGUGAACAAGAACACCCUGAGAGAAUUCUAUGAAGACAACGAAUCGAUAAUGAGACUGAACUACUACCCGCGGUGCCAGAAACCGGAGUUGACCUUGGGGACCGGCCCACAUUGCGACCCGACAUCGCUCACCAUCCUCCACCAAGACACCGUCAGUGGCCUCCAAGUGUUUGUCGACAACCAGUGGCGCUCCGUCCCGCCCACUCCCAACUCCUUCGUAGUUAACAUCGGCGACACUUUCAUGGCGCUAUCAAAUGGGAGGUACAAAAGUUGCUUGCACAGGGCAGUGGUGAACAACAUAAGUGCAAGAAAAUCACUUGCAUUUUUUUUGUGCCCAAAGAAGGACAAGGUGGUGAGGCCUCCCAUGGAAUUGGUGGACUCAAAUAACCCGAGACUAUACCCGGAUUUCACAUGGCCGACCUUUCUCGAGUUUACUCAAAAGCAUUAUAGAGCCGAUAUGAACACACUUCAAGCCUUCUCCGCUUGGAUCCAAAACAAGAAUCAGUCAUAGUACUGUUUGUUCAACCCAUUCAUGAAUUCUUGAAACCAACUUAACUAUAUGUAUAUGGUCAUAAUGGUCAUGAUUCAUGAAUGAUUAUAGCCACCUACAAUAUAUAUAUUUAUAUAUAUUCAUUAUAUAUGUUCCUCUUUUUUUCUUCUUUUAUUUAUUAUGGAGUUAUUUUUCUUGCCAUCCUGGACUUUACCGAUUGACUGAAUUGGUUUGUUAGGAUGGUGAAUGUAUGAAAUGGAGGAAUGAAAUAUGUAUGUAAUUUUAAAUUAAAUGAAGAAUAAUAAUCAGGGGCGGCUCUGACAUUUCAAUGGUCUGGUUCAAAAUUUAAUAUGAGAUCCUAAAGUAUAAAACACGUACAAUAUUAAUAUUUCCACCAUUUUUAAAUAAUAGUCUUCUUAGGUUUUCGUGGUUUUUAAGAAGAAAAUAGUAGAAGUAUUAUAGAGUGUAAGGUAAAUGAAAAGAUAGGAAAGAGAAUAUAUUAAAAGAAGUAAACUAAUGAUAAAGUAUGAAAUAGAAAGUACUCCCUCCAUCCCUUAAAACUUUGUCAUCUUUCCUUUUUGAGACGUCCCAAAAAACUUUGUCACUUUCGUUUUUAAUCAAUUAUUUUGUGGUUUCUGUUAUUUCUCUCUCCUCUGCACAAACAUCAACCACACAGUUUUUACUUUAUUAUUCUCCGUGCCGGUCAAAUUUGACAAAGUUUUAAGGGAUGAAGGUAGUAGUAUGUAAGCUUGUACCAAAUUGUAAGAGGGUUUUGUGCUAAUUAAUGUAACUAAGUCUUAUAUAUGUAAUAAAGAGAUUGCACAAUUGU